CCAAUAUUUCGAUCAUAGAAUAUUUUACUGAAACAGUUUGUCCAAUGAAUGUUUCAACAAAUUCCAUACAUGCCUUUUUACUUAAUUUGGGUGAAUUUCAGAUAUUGAAAAUGUCCGUUCGAAUAGUCUCUGGCUUUACCUAGCUUUGCACAUGGUCAACCAAGACAAAGAAACCUAAAGUAGUAAAGAUAGGUUUUGAACAAGGAAUUUCAACAUAGCUAAUUUAUUAUAUAUUUAGAUUUCAGAAAGUUUGUACUUCAUGUUCUUUGUUAGCUGAAUCAUAUAUAUUUUUUCUUGAAUCAUGUCAUCAUCUGAAAUACCAAGAAAGCGUAAACAUGGUAAAACAUACACUAGUUCAGCAUCUGAGUCUACUGAGGAUAGUACAGGUCUUCCAACUAAAAAACCCUCAACUUCAGCAUCAACAUGGAAAAUUGAAGAUCUUGACCUACAGUCUAUUUUCUUUGCCACUGAAUAUUUGCCAAUGGAAACUUUGAUUAGCCUUUUAAAAAAAAGACGAGAUUUAGAGGAUGUACCAAAAAUAGUCAAUACGUUGAUUGGAUUUACUAAAGAAUGCCUAAACUUUACAAUCGAUGAGAAUACGUGGCAAAUGUGUGAUUCAUCUGUUAGACCAGAACAAGAGAAAGGAAUAGAGAUUCUGAUAAACACAAAAAAAAACGUUAGAAUGUUUGCUAAUAAGAUACGUUCUGAAGAAGCACAACUUUUGGAUGAAGAACCAAUUAAUCGAGACUUAUUUGAAAGAUGGUACUGCAAAGUUGUGGAUUUUAUAGAUCAGGCUGUCCAGUUGCUAAACUUGUUGAUUAAUGAGGCUUUGGAAAAAAUUGAACAUAAGAAGCAAACUUGUCUACUUCAUAUAAAAGAAGGCUCAUUUACUUAUCUUUUUAUGAAGUUUACAGAAAUAUGCUUUCUUAGUCCGGAACCUGGCGAAGGAGCUAAAACUGACUUAUGGAUUAGAAAUAAAAGAGUUGGAUGCCUUCCUGACAUUCGUUACUGGCAGCAGUCAUCCAUGCCAAACAGAAACAUAUUAAUAAUGUUAGCAGAAGUUAAAAUUGCCGCAUUUAGGAAUUCAGAAAAUACUGAAGAGCGUGAAGUCAGUAAAAGUAAAGAUACAAGUACAGCAUGUACAAUUGAAAAUACCACAACUACAAGUGAUGAAAAAAAGCCAAACAAAACACCAUGGAUUCACAGUAAAGUUCAGCCUGAUGUUUUAGCUCAGCUUGGUUGUGAAAUGCUUGCUGAAUGUCACAACUCAAUAUUUGUACCUGAAAUUCUAGGCAUCUUGUGCAUGAAAACCAAGGUUAUCUUCAACUACCUCCAGCUUUCAAACAAACAUUUUAUGGCUAUAAAAAGAUCUAAAGAUAUUGAAAAUAUGCGUUCACAUAUACAGUACACUCAAAUAUUUGAUAUAAUGAAAGCAGAACAUAGGAAUGGACUUCUGGAUCUAUUAUUCUGGUUAGGAUGUGUACAGAAAAAAGGAUUACAAAACCAUUAUAUUCUGAGCUAAUACAGGCAAAGGAAAUUUGAAUCUUACUUGCAACAAUCAUCACAAAUGAAAUUGUCUUUACAAGCAUGACAAGUUUUAUUGACAGUGGAAUUGUGUUUUCUUAAAACUUGUUCCCACUUAUCUUACUCAUUUUAACUAAAGGAAAGUAAAGAAAAUUGAAAAGACAAUAUCUUUGAGAUUGUUUCAACUUUAUUUUGCUGAAAGAUAUAAGAAGGAGAAAGAUCUGUAUAAUAAACUAAUUUCAAAACCAAUAUGCCGUCACAGUGAUUUUAUAGGAUAAUUUACAAUGCUGUACAUCAUGUACAUGUUAUAGAUGUAAAGUGUUCUGAAUUUAAAUAGCAAUUGGUAAUAUAUAUCAAAGACUUAUCAAUAAAAUACCUUACAGAUGGUAAGUCAAGAUAAUAUGUAUUUAAAAAAAAAGCAUAAGGAAAACAAAAUAAUUAUUGAAGAUAUUGGCUUUUCUGAUUUGAUGUGCUGUUCUGUCCAAGAUAGAUAGGGGGGGGGGGGGGGGACGUUUUGUGGCAGAAUACCAGAAAAACAGAAAGCUGAAUUUUACAUGAUUUUAAGUCCAUAAAUGGCUGUUUGGAAAUUUCUUGAGCAAGUACAAAAUUUGGACUAGUGGUUUUCUCUUUGAGACUGUGACAGGUAGUAUAUCAUGGUCAAUUGCCCAAAGGGCAAGUUGUUAAAAAAGUUAAUGUCGAGCCCAGUGACUUCCCAUUAUUUUUGCUUCUGUUAAGCUUUAAUAAGACAUGUAUGAAGCAUUUUAUCUAAGCAAGCCUGGUUUACUGAAAUUUAUUAAAAGUCUCUUGUUAUACAUGUUAUAAGUAUUAAAAUAUCAUGUCUUAUUUUUUUAUAAUCGUCCACCGUUUUAAACAGUGUGAGACUCUUAUUGUUUUGUUGGGAAAGUUAUGUUUAAAUGAAUCAAUAAUGUAGUUAAUUGUUUAAAAUUAAAUGUCAUUAAUUUCAUCAAAUACACUUUGUCAAAUGACAAGACUUGCAUUGCUCGGUGUUUCCUGUUUUCCCUUACUGUCAUUUAUCAAAAUUACAAAUAGUUCAGCUUCAAGGCAACACUGAAAAAGAACUGCUUGUUUUCAACAAACCUUAGGUCCAUUGGCAUAAGCUUUAAAAAUUGAUUGUAGCAAGUAUAAAUUUUAACUCAUUACUUAAUCAGAUGAGUCUAGAUGCACAUUUGUGCUUUAAGUUGUCAAGUUAUAUAGUGUAGUAGUGUUAUUCAUUGCAAAUUCUUAGUUUAUGUUUUCAGUAACAUUGGAUUAAGUCAUGUUAAAUUAUUUGGUAUUUUUUUCAAACAUGUAUGUACCAAAUAGAGCAAAUAUUCAAUAAUUUUUUUUAGAGUUAAUUGAAUUGUCAAAUUUCUAUAUUAUUGUUAUUUAUUAUGUUGUGUGUGUGUUCUAAUCCUAUAAAGUCUAUUGUAUUUAGGCCAAAAAAUGUAUACCCUACAUACUUAUGUCCACCCACACUGCAGUCACUUUCACCUUGAUUGUUUGAAAUUGCUUUUAUUAGUCUUUUGAGGGCAUACGAUACAGAAGCAAGGGCAGAUAAUAAUGCAUCCAAAUUUAAUGCAUUGUUUUCACAACAUUGCUAAUAAUAAGCAUCCAAGAUUCAAGGAAAAAUAGCUAACAUCAUCAAAUCAGUUACUAGUACAUAAAUUUGAAAGUAUUUUUAACAGAAAACAAACUUAUUGUAUAUUAGAGUGCAUGAAAUCCACUGCUGGGGCAGUAAUUCUUAUAAUGGGUUCAUGUACGGGGGAAUACCUGCAUGUUGCAUUAAGAAUACACUACGAUGUAAUAUAGUGCCAAAAAAGGGAAAUAGGAUCGCACACAUUUAAAAUACUAGGUUUUCUAUUUCUAGCUAAAAAAUUAGCACAUGACCCCCUUUUUUUUAGCUCACCUGGCCCAAAAGGGUGAGCUUUUCUCAUCACUUGUCGUCCGUCGUUAUCCAUUAACUUUUACAAUAAUCUUCUCUGAAACUACUGGGCCAAAUUAAACCAAACUUGGCCUAAAUCAUCCGUAGGGUAUCUAGUUUUAAAAAUAUAUCUGAUGACCCCGUCUAUCAACUAAGAUGGUCGCCAUGGCUAAAAAAAGAACAUAGGGGUUUACUAUAGAAGUCUAUGGGAAAAUUGUAAAAAAGGAAUUUCAAAUUGUCACAACUUGAAAACACAAUUCAAAUAAUGAUAAGGGGUCUUCAGUAACUAUUGUAAGACUACAAUGGGGAUGACCUGCUUUUAAUUUAACUACUCGGCCAAAUUAAACCAAACUUGGUCUAAAUCAUUUUUGGGGUAUCUAGUACUAUUUAUUAUGAUUUUAACCUUAUCAUGCUUAUUUUACAUGAUACCAAAACCACAGUAGAUGCAGGUGAGCAACACAGGCUCUUGAGAGCCUCUAGUUUCUUUUUUCAAUCGACUUACUUUCAGAAUGUUUUCAGCUAAAUUUAGUCACAAAUAUUGAUUCAUGUUGAUUGAAAGCCAGCCAUUUGAGACUUUGACCCAUUUUUCGGAAAAGUAUUCAAAAAUGAAAUUUUGUAUUUUUACCCUUAAAUAUGCAAUUUUCAAACUGAAAUAUCUUGAAAAGUAAGUCAUGAAGGUAUAUUUUUCUUUGCAUAUUCCAUAGUGCAUAUCAAAAUUGACUUUGUGCCAAAAUUUUAAGAAAAAAUUAAAGAGAGAUCUUUUCUGUAUUGUAUGCCCUCAAAGGAUGGAUUGGGUCAUUAUGUAUGUCUAUCAUGUUGUCUUACAAAGCAAAAACAGGGCAUGCUAAAUUGGUAAGUGAAUAUUUUUUUAUUUCAUUUAUGGUACUAUUAUUACAUUAAGAAAGGACAAACUCUAUAACAAAACAUGUACAUUUUGCUCAAUGUGUUGCACACUUGCAUGUAUUAAUAAAGUAUUGUUUUGCAGGUAAAUUUUAUAAAGUAUGUCAGUGCUUUUUACAAUUUCACAACUUAUUUUUGAAUUGAACGGAAUGAAUUUUGUACAGCAUUUACCUUGCACAUGGUGCUUUUUGUCAUUAUUGAAUUGUUAAUUAAGUGAAGUUUGUUGUCUAUUUAAGAUUUUAUCAUAAUACUUAUUUUUACAGAAGUCAAAUUGCUAUUUUUGUAUUACUUUACACAUAUGAAUUAAAAAGUAAUCAGACUAUUACUUUUUAAUUCAUAAAUAUUAAGAAAAUUAUUGUAUCAUGUGUAUAUACAGACAUAAUGAUUAAGAUAUUACAAGAAUCAUAUUUUGAAAAAAACUCUUUGAUAUUGUGGUAAAAUGGCUUGAUAUAUUUUUUUAUUUAUUUAAUUUUAUACGCCCGUUUAUUAUACGCCCGUUUACGGGACAUAUUAUGGUAUACCAUUGUUUGUCUGUCUGUCCGUCGUCAACGUCGGACAACAACUCAAAAACGCUUGAACCAAUUCGCAUGAAACUUUGCUGAAUUGUUUAUAUCUAUUGACGUGAGCUCCCUUUCGUUUUUUUAUAAAUUUUUGAUUUUAAGUUUCCCAGUUUGGGUUUUUUUUUCAUAAAAACAGGGGGAUUUUCCAGUUUUCGGACAAUAACUCAAAAACACUUUCACCAAUUUGCAAGAAACUUUGGUGAAUUGUUUAUUACUAUUGACAUAAGCUUCCUUUCGAUUUUUAUUAAUUUUAGAUUUUACGUUUCCAAGUUAUGGAGUUUUAUUCAUUAAAAUAAGGGGGAUUUUCCAGUUUUCGGGCAAUAACUCAAAAAUGCUUUCAGCAGUUUUUAUGCAACUUUGGGGACUUGUUUAUAUCUGUAGAUGUAAGCUCUCUUUCCAUUUUUAUAAAUUUUAGAUUUUACGUUUUAGAGUUAUGUGAUUUUAUUCAUAAAAAAGGGGUGAUUUUCCAGUUUUCGGACAAUGCUUUGAGCAGUUAUCAUGAAACUUUGGUGACUGGUUUAUAUCUAUUAAGAUAACCUCCCUUUAGUUUUCAUGAUUUUCUCUGAUAUGACAUUGAGAAGUUGUUGAACUUUAUUCUUUGAAAUAGCGACGGGCGUAUCAUGCCCUCAUGGAGCAGCUGUUUUUUGUUUAUAUCAUCUUGAACAAAUUCUGUACCUUUUAUAUAUCUAUUUUAUUAUACGACCGCCAAAAAAUUUUGUGGUCGUAUACUGGUAUGACUUUGGCGUCGUCGUCGUCGUCCGAAGACACAUUGGUUUUCGCACUCUAACUUUAGUUUAAGUGAAUGGAUCUCUAUGAAAUUUUACCAUAAGGUUCAAUACCACAAAAGGAAGGUAGGGAUUGAUUUUGGGGGUUAUGGUACCAACAGUUAAGGAAUUAGGGUCAAAAAGGGGCCAAAAAUAAGCAUUUUUGUAAUUUCCAGACAUAACUUGUGUGUUAGUGUAUGGAUCUCUCUGACAUUGUACCACAUGGUUCCAUAUCACAAAGGGAAGGCUGGGAUUGAUUUUGGGGGUAAUUGCCUCAAAAUUUUAGGAAUUAGGGGCCAAAAAAGGGGCAAAAAACAAGCAUUUUUCUAGUUUCAUGACAAUAACUUGUGUGUAAGUGUAUGGAUCUUUCUGAAAUUGCACUACAAGGUUCCAUAUCUCAAAGGAAAAGCUGGAAUUGAGUUUGGGGGUAAUUGCCCAAAACGUUUAGGAAUAAGGGGCCAAAAAUAAGCAUUUUUCUAGUUUCCAGACAAUAACUUGUGUUCAAGUGUAUGGAUCUCUAUGAAAUUGUACUGCAAGGUACAAUACCACAAAGGGAAGGCUGGGAUUGAGUUUGGGGGUGAUGAAUCAUAAGGGGGUUCAAAAAAUUGGGG